CAAGCAUCCACAUCUCUUCUACAUCUCCAAUUAAAAAUCUAUAAAGAUCAAUUUCUGAUAACUACCACACAACUCUUUCAUCAUGAAGUUCACCAUCGCCGCUAUUGCCGCUAUCGUUACUGUGGCCACUGCCAGCCCUGGCUACAAGCCUCCUCCUCCUCCUCACGGCUGCAAGCCCGCUACCUACUCCUGCCUUCCCAAUGAUCAGGGAUGGCAAGUGUGCAGCACUGCUGGUCAAUGGGUCUUUGCUGGAAACUGCCCUCCUAAGACCGUCUGCAAAUUCGAUAACCAGAAUGGCAGCCCCUACUGCGUUCCUCCCAACUUCACUAUCCCAUAAAUCGGGCAAAUUAUGACAAAUGGAAACUGUAAAUCGGCUGGUCGGAUGAAGAAUGGGUAUCAGAGUUUUCGAUAAAGAAGUCUAUGGCUUGCAUUGUUUGACAGCUCAAUCUGGACAUAAAGUUUAUGAUAUAAAUUAUGGACACUCCUUAUAUAUACAAAUGAUAAAGUUAAACUCAUACUUGCUCAUUGACAGCUGGGAAUAACCAGUUGUAUACUUUUUAUUACCUGAAUGAAAUCCCGCC